CAGAUUGUUCCAUACUGGAGCUUUAUCUCCUGGUUUGUAUGAGGAGACUAGAAGUGAAGGAGCAAAGCUCAUACAAAAUCAUUAGUGUGAUGAAAGAGUAUAAGACGAUACACGAUUCUUUUCAAACCUCGGACUACUACGCACAAAAUGUCUGCCUACGGGCAUUUGAGCACCUAAGAGAGCGACAAGUUAUAUGCUACACAGAGAAUAGAGGACAGUCUCAGACAGGUGAGUACCGUCCCAUGAAGCUUUUGAUAUCAGCCUCUGAGCUUCAUCAAGGAAUGAGAUCUCAUGCGUGUUGCCCCGCCAUCCUUCUCAAGUUAUUGGACCAUUGAUCUCUGUAUUUUUGUCCCUUGGGAAUAAGACAGUCUCUGAAAGUCCUGUGAUAUGUAAUGUUACUUCAUGGGAAAAGCUACUUGGUUCAAAAACAGUAUCUUUAGUUUUGCUUUUGCUUUGUGUUUUCAUGUAAAGGGAGAGACCGAGAGAGCAUGUCAAAACAAUACUUGCUCAGUUUCUGAUUACCAAUCUUUACACAAACAAGA